CUUCUGCGCCACUGCUUCGGCUGCGUUUCCCCCUCGUCCCCCGCCUGCCUCUCCUCACCUACUCUUACUGCCUGUCUGCCUACCUAGUUUGCACCUCUCAUCAAGCCAUCCAUCCAUCCAUUCGCCCUCUCGUCUUCAUCUCGUCUUGCUUUGCUUUACUACCGAUACCCACCUUAUACCUGGCAGGCCCUUUCUUCAGUCUCAUCCAGAUUCACUCGCGCAGCUCGGCAUACCACUCGUGCCAGACGAAUUCCUCUUCGCCUCGUUGCAUAUUCGCCCCUCUGCGGUUUUUCCUUCUUACUACCCCACACUCUCUGCUUGGACUAUAUACCGUCUUCAAAGCCGCCUCUUCACAGCUUCGACAUGGUAAAAGUUCCCUCGUUCAAGAGCAGGAGCUCAGUGGCGCUCGCAGUCAUGACUCUGGCAAUGUUGAUUCUCAACGUCGAGGCGCAACUGCCAACACCGACAGAAGGUGCCGGCUACCUUCCGGCCACACUUGCACAACCCUCGGUGACAAGUACAAACUUCGAUCCUGCGAUCCAGAACGCAGGAGGAACAACAAACUCUGCCGGAACCUUCGACGUCGUCUCCCUCUCCCGCUCUUCCUCCUACGCAGGAGACACACCUCUUGCGCAAACCACGACUUUCCAGCCCUCGUCAGCUUCGUACCUCAGUGCAGCAAAUGGCGGCAUGACAUACGACACUGUCUCGGGAGCUACAACCAAUGAGUUGACAGGUAACGAUCCUACUUCGUCGGCCAUGAGCUCUUCGACUGCUGCUGCCACUGGAGGUGGUGAGAGUGAUGGUGCUGGACAAGGGGCAGCCGUACCGCCCGCAUGGAAGGGAGUCCUCGCCGGUGGAUUGGCAGUACUGGCCGGAGCGGCAUGGGUUGCUGCAUCCUGAGCGUGCAAAAGUGCGUUUGGUCUAUCUGUCCCCGCCGCUUGCUCGAAGUCGGGACCUUUGCCUGGCGUUCCUGCUCUCUCUCCGUUGUCUAGUCUCUCUUUACCUGUUGUAUAAAAUGAUUAUAUCUCUUCGCUUCCUUC